AACUGACGCACGCGUCCCAGGGCUGGGUCGGCUUUCAGUGGCUAGCUGCGCCAGGGGCGGAGAUUGCAGAAGCUCGCGCGGUGGGUGCGGGCGCGGCUACCCUGCCAUGGCCGAAAACCUGUGCCGAGCCCGGGCCCGGGUUUACCCCCCAUCUGUGCUGUUCCUGCAUCCCGACAUGGGCGUGGGCGGUGCCGAGCGGCUAGUGCUGGACGCGGCCCUGGCGCUGCAGGAGUACGGCUGUGACGUGAAGAUAUGGACGGCGCAUUACAACCCGAACCACUGCUUCUUGGAGACCCGCGAGCUCCCGGUGCACUGCGCCGGGGACUGGCUGCCCCGCAGCCUCGGCUGGGGCGGCCGCGGCGCCGCCAUCUGCGCCUACGUGCGCAUGGUCUUUCUGGCGCUCUACGUGCUGUUCCUCUCCGGCGAGGAGUUCGACGUGGUGGUCUGCGACCAGGUGUCUGCCUGUAUCCCAGUGUUCAAACUGGCCAGACGGCGUAAGAGGGUCCUGUUUUACUGUCACUUCCCAGAUCUGCUGCUUUCCAAGAGAAAUUCUACUCUGAAGCGCUUCUACAGGGCCCCCCUUGACUGGAUCGAGGAAUACACCACAGGCAUGGCAGAUCGCAUCCUGGUCAACAGCCAGUACACAGCUUCCAUCUUUAAGGAAACCUUCAAGAACCUGUCUCACGUAAACCCUGAUGUCCUCUACCCGUCUCUGAACAUCGCCAGCUUUGACUUGGCUGUUCCUGAUAAGAUAGAUGACCUAGUCCCCAAGGGCAAACAGUUUCUGUUCCUCUCUAUCAACCGCUUUGAAAGGAAGAAAAAUCUGCCUUUGGCAUUGAGCGCCCUAGUCCAGCUUCGUGGACGGUUGCCAUCUCAAGAUUGGGAGAAGGUUCAUCUGUUCAUGGGUGGUGGUUACGACGAUAGAAUCCUGGAGAACGUGGAACACUAUAAGGAGUUGAAGAAAAUAGUCCAGCAGUCAGACCUUCAGCGCCAUGUGACCUUCCUGCCAUCCUUCUCAGACAGACAGAAGAUCUCACUCCUCCACGGCUGCUUGUGUGUGCUUUACACUCCGAGCAAUGAGCACUUUGGCAUCGUCCCUCUAGAGGCCAUGUACAUGCAGUGUCCCGUCAUUGCUGUUAAUUCAGGUGGGCCCUUGGAGUCUGUCGUCCACAAGGUCACAGGGUUUCUGUGUGAGCCUGACCCAGUUCACUUCUCUGAAGCAAUGGAAAAGUUCAUCCACAAACCAUCCUUGAAAGUUAUGAUGGGCCUGGCUGGAAGAGCCAGGGUGGCAGAGAAGUUUUCCGCUGAAGUAUUUGCGGACCAGCUCUACCAGUAUGUCACCAAACUUGUGUAGUCAGGGGAGUCUGUAGUUUAGGGUCUGUAUGCUACAUGCGCUGCAAUCCAUCCUAUGGGUUGUAGAAACACCUCUGAAACCAAAAAAGGAGCUAGAAUCUAGUGCUAGUGAGAUUUUUUUUUUUUUUUUUUAAGUAGACUUGCGUCUUGAAUGUGAGCCACUUGUCCACCACAUCUACCUGUUAUUUUCUGAAAAUAUCCUUAAUGCUAUAGUCAUUCCACAUUUCAUCAUUGUUGUUGAAAGAUGGUAGAAAUCUGCUGCUAGCAGACUAUUUUAAUUCUAUUUUUCUGGAUUAUUGUUCCUUUAUAUAUAAAGGUUUAAUCAUCCAGUGCCUUAAUUGGCUUUAAUAGUCUUACCAUUGUCACAGUUGAUUGAUUUAACUUGAGAGUGCAGUAGGAACAGGACUAUUGCAGUUCCUACAGUCAGUUUACUUAGAGUAUUCUCUGUUAGCUGCUAGGAAAUGUAUGUUUGAUUUUUGUCUGGAUCCAUAACAAGAGUACUCAGUAUUAUUUAUUGUUUAUGGGUGGGGGUUGGUUUUUGUUUGUUUGGGGUUUUUUUGAUUUUGUUUUUUUGUUUGUUUGUUUUUUACUGCAAUUGGACAAUAAAAGGAUGUUUGACAUAAGAAGAGAAUAAAACUUUAGAUCUGGGCCUCCAUGCUCUGAUUUCAUCUAGUUAAAUAACAAAACCCAAAGUCAGAAAACUAGGGUACACUAGGCAGUUGAUAUGAAGGGAUAUCAAUACAUGUGUUGGCUUCCUGUAUCAGAAAUUACCCAUGUUUGCCUUAUUUCUUUGAGCCUGGGCAGAACAGUGUAUUGUGACAGGAACUCAUGAUAGAGGAGGCAACCAGGAAGCAAAGCGAUAGAAAGGACCCAAUAUCCCCUUCUAGAGAAUGCCCUGAUGAUGUAAUUUCCUUCCUCUAGCCCUUCCUACUAAAAGUUCUCUCACCUCUCAGUAGCAACAUGGGCUAGGGAUGAAGCCCUUCAGGGCACAAUCCUUUGGGGAUGUAUUAGUCAGGGUUCUCUAGAGUAACCGCACUUAUAGAAUGAAUCUCUCUCUCUGAUAUAUAUAUAUAUGUAUAUAAGGAAUUUAUUAGAAUGACUUACUGCAGUCCAGCUGAUCCAGUGAUGGCUGUCUGUGAACGGGAAGUCCAAAGGUCCAGUAGUUUCUUGGUUCAUGAAGCUGGAUGUCUCGGCUGGUCUUCAGCAUCCACUGGGACCCUGAAGAAGGAGGCUCUAAUGCCAGUGAAGGCAUGGACUUGCUAGCAAGGCGAGGACAAGCAGGCAAAGAGCAAAAGCUUCCUUUCAAAUUCUUAUAUAGGCUUCCUGCAGAAGGCAUGACCCAGAAUAGAGGUGUGUCUUCCCACCUCAAGAGGGAAGAUCUGCCGACUUCAAAUUAAGGAGAUGUGCCCUCCAUUUUUGAAUUUUAGUUAAUUCCAGAUGUAGACAAGUUGGCAACCAAGAAUGACCAUCAGAAGGGGCAUUCAGCAUCUAAACUGUAUACCAAGCAUAUUUCAGACAUGUUUCAUAAUGUCACUGAGUCUCCAUCUCUUGUAGUGUUUGUGUCGUAUAUUCUCUCCCGAGGUUAGCAUGCCAGUGUUCCCUGUCCUUCACUUAAAUGACUUUGUGUGAAGCUUGCUCGAACCCCUACUCCCCUCUGAAUUUCCAUAUCCCUGUGACACUGCCCAGUCGUAAUGAUUCAUUGUUUACCUGUUGCUUGUACGUGCAAAUAUUAAAGUAAUUUCCAAUUUGCCUUUAAUGUUAAAUUCACCUGUAAGAAUAUAAUAAUAAUAAUAAUAUAUGAAUACCAGUA